UUCCGGCCGCAUCUUUUACGUCAGUUCGAUUCCGAAGACUCCUACAACUGUGGCGGAGUUCCCGAACAUGGGUUCUUCCCUGACCCAGCCUCUUGAGCCCGCUCCUUCCGCCAGCCCCGCGCCCCUCGCUGAACCCGAAGCACCGACCUCUCCAGAACAAACCCCUGUAGUUAAUAACUGCUGGAGCUGUCGCGUGCUCUCCGGGUCGGGGCUGAUAGGGGCGGGCGGGUACGUGUACUGGGUGGCGCGGAAGCCCUUGAAGCUGGGGUACCCCCCGAAUCCAGGGACUGUUAUGCAGAUGGUCAUCGGCAUCAGCAUUGCUUGUUGGGGUAUAGUCAUCCUGUCAGACCCCAGAGGGAAGGCCUUCCGCGCAGGGUGAAAGUACCACCAGUGAAUUUAUCAUCAUCUGUUCCUGUCCCCGUGACACAGAGCAAACAUGGGGGUUAUGGAUGUUCUGGACAGACAUACGGACACUGACAUACUUCGGUUCUGCGGAUACCACAAGACUGAAAAGACAAAACACUGGUUGUCAUUUUUUGACCAUGAGAGCUUGUGGCCACCUUUUUGGGCUCCACAAGAAUCAAUAAAUUCCUCAGAAGAAAACA